UUAUAAGGUUCAAAAUCGCGAUCUCAAAGAUUAAGCUCCCCAUGAAUCUUGAUACUUUCUUUUCCUCCUUCGACCAUAAUGCCUCCACGAAUACCCAGGGCGAGAGCUGGAUGGGCAAAAUCUUUUGGAACGCCGAGUAAUCUCGAAAAAGCGCAUAUAUGUCCAAUAUGCUCUCUAUCUCAAUAUUCGCAGAGGUCUCGAAGUCAACCUCGUCAAAGCAAACUUUUACCUGGUUCUCGAUCACAAGUCCGGCAAUCAUCAUCUGCUCCCGUACAUUCUAUACAUAAUGACGAAAUUCGAAAAAUCUCUAAAAUAGACCGCAAUGCGCUCCGUGAAGCAUUACUUGAGGUACAAAGAUACGCCACGAACUAUGUCAAUAUUUCCAGGUUACAACUUGCAUUGAGGGGUCUAGAGCAACCAGAAGGUCAAGAAACGAUAAGAGUUGCAAUAUUAGGACUGGCAGAUGGAGGGACAUCUCUUAAAAAGGCCAAAGAGCUCCUGAGGCUCAUUUUAGCUGAUCCUUUGAAGGCAGAGGAGGAAUGGGAGCGGGGUAUAAUGCGCUGCGAUGGCAUGGGCCGGCCAUUAUUGAUAAGGGUUGGACAUAAUGAGGAUGAAAGCUCGGAGCGGAAUGGCAGAUUGGUACACGAAAUGAACAUAUCGUCUCCAAUGUUCAACGGGCAUAAAAUGGAGAUUUUGGUCCUGGAAAUAGACCCUCCGACAAACGUUGAACAAGGAUUUUUCGAGGAAGCGGUUUUGGUACCGACAAUGGAGAUACCAACCUCCAGUACAGGCCGCUACACUCCGGUUACAACACCCGUACACAAAUCAUUUCUUCUUGGGCAUGGAAUUAUGGGAGCAGCUUCUUUGCUUUCAUAUCCUCUGGGUGCAAACCGGGAAGCUAUUGGAAGUGCUGCUAAUUUUCGAACUGCGGAAUCACAAUCUCUUCCUAUACCGUCUAUUGAUAUUGAAUCCGGCAAUGAAGCUCUACAUACAUUCCGUGAGAGCAUUGAAAAUGCGAUGAUCUACGAGCACCAGUGGUUGUCGAGCGGUAUUCCCGAAGUUAUCGAUUGGAUGAAGUUAGACGCAUCCUCUAAUAAUAAUACUAUUAAAGAACCUCUUCUCAGACUAAUCUCAUCUAUCAUACAAAACGCGGAAAAGAAAUUGGAAGCCGAAAAAGCUAGGCAAUUGUCCCUUCUUUUAUCUACCAAAAUACCGCCUACCCAAAUAUCAUCACUCCGUCAUGCGCUUUCUACGUGGUCUGAACGCGCACAUACUGAGCUUCGAGAUCAACUAGACAUUGCGUUUGGAGGUCAGAGAUGGCGCAAGCUGGGAUGGUGGAAAUUGUUUUGGCGUGUCGAUGAUGUUUCUAUGAUCACAUCUGAUAUGUUGAGUCGAAGCUUUUUAACCGAGGCCGAGAAAGAAAUCAUAUUUCUGGCCGGGCGGACGGAAGAAGCUGGAGUAUACCGAAACAUACCUCUUCUUUCUGACUCUAUACAGAAGUCUGAUUGGGCUUACACGCCUGUUCAAGAGGCUCUUCCGGAAGGACUACCUCCUCCACCAAAACUCCGAGAUGUUAUUCCUAUCGCAGCGGACGAAGAUACAUCAAGGAAGAUAAUACCUCAGCCUUGGCCUCUACACAUUCCAAUCGCUAGGGCUUUCUUAUCUACAACUACAAUUCCUGCCCUCCAAGCCUUGGCACAAAGGCUUGUCCUCCAAACUCUUAGUACUUCAUCCAUGACGUCAGCCCUUGCUGGUCUCAUGUAUGUGAGUAAUAUGUCCACCACGAUAUAUGAAGCGGGAGCUGUAGCCGCCUUUGGGAUAGUAUGGAGUAUGAGGCGAAUGCAGAAAAAAUGGGAAACCGCAAGGGCAUACUGGGAAGGAGAGGUCAGAGAAGAAGGCAGGAAAGCCGUGAGAAACGUCGAAACGAUUGUUGGUGAAAACUUGAACAAGGCAGAAAAGGGAAAAGGGUCAGACCCCGCUAUUGAGCGAGAUCUUGAGAAAGCAAGGGAAGUCAUUAGAUCCGCGGAAGAUAUCAUACGUUGAGAAACAACAUGUAAUUAGCAACGAUGUAAUAUUAUUGUACUAUGAAACAAAUACUCAGCUAAUUAUAGACCAACAAAUAAUCAUGUAACAUCU